AUGUCUCAUGCUGACCACACAAGAGAUCCAUGUCCAUGGGUCAUAUUAAAUGACUUUGGAGGCGCAUUUGCUAUGGGCGCUGUCGGCGGCGGUAUAUGGCACGGUAUCAAGGGCGCACGAAACUCCCCUAGGGGUGAACGUUUGGUUGGUGCCAUAUCUACCAUCAAAGCACGUGCCCCAGUUACAGGUGGCAACUUCGGCGUUUGGGGAGGCAUGUUCUCCACUUUCGAUUGUGCUGUGAAAGGUUGGCGGCAAAAGGAGGAUGCUUGGAAUGCCAUUAUUUCGGGGUUCAUGACGGGUGGAUGUUUGGCUGCACGAAGUGGCCCAAAAUCAGCACUAGGAUCUGCAAUUGCGUGUGGUAUCCUCUUGGGUGUAUUCGAGGGUGUCGGUGUCCUUCUCUCCCGUGUGUUCAGCGAGGGCACACGACCACAGCUUCCGCAACUACCAGACACUAUUCAGCCACAGCCCUCAGGACACUAG